UCAACUUCUGAGAAGCUUAUGGUUGACGGUUGUUAGACGUUUAAUUUCAUGUGACGACAUAAUCCUUCAUUUAAUAAUGAUUCUUUUAUUAAUACUUUAAGCAUAUGUUUUAGAAAAUGAAACUACAAUAAGAAAGUCAAGCUUCUAAAGAAUUAUUUUGUUUUCGAACGCCACCGUCAGAACAGUUUGGAGCAGGAACCGAAAGUUGCGUACCGGGGAACUGACCCAUUGUCGCGACGAAUGGUCUGAAUACAUCAAAAAUUUUCUUUGCAUUGGAUUUCCUUCAUGCUGGACGCUUCAAUGUGUAUCGACUUAGACGCUAAUCAAAAUCAAUCUUUCUUAUUGAUGGAAGUGCUGGUAGGAAGUGACGAAUAUUGCCGUGCUCAGCACAAAUAAGCGUUGCCAAAUCUAGUGAAAAAUUAAGUGUAUAUAUUGUUUUUACUCUUUUUAUCAGAGACCUAUACUUCCAAAGCCUCUACAUAUGGGUUAAAUUACGUCCAAAAUUAAAAACAUUUUUAAGCAAGAAAGUACUUUUGAACAAAAUUUCUUGUAAAUUGUUCUUUUUCUAAAUUAAGUGGGGAACACAAGGAAUGACCAGUAUGAAGCAGAAAUCAAUGCGACCUGGACCAUCCGAAAUAACCUACAAAAACAUGAAAUUUCUCAUAAUGGAUCGCCCGACAGAUGCUACCAUUCCCGUCUUGUUAGAGGAGUUGAGGAAACGGAAUGUGAAAGAUGUUGUUAGAGUCUGUGAACCUACUUACAGCACUGAAUUGUUGGAGACUGAAGGAAUCAGAGUACUGGAUUGGGCAUUUGAUGAUGGCUUUCCACCUCCUGCAAAGAUAGUGGACGAUUGGUUUGAUCUCCUCCGCACACGUUUUCGAGACUACCCUGACAGCUUCAUAGCUGUUCACUGUGUUGCAGGCCUUGGGCGAGCUCCUGUUUUGGUUGCACUGGCUUUAAUUGAGUUGGGAAUGAAGUAUGAAGAUGCAGUAGAAUUGAUAAGACAGAAGAGAAGGGGUGCAAUUAAUGCCAAACAGUUGCAAUACUUGGAGAAGUAUCGUCCAAAAUCUCGAUUGAAGAUAAGGAACGGCCACAAACAGUGUGUUAUCCAAUGAAUUUAUUUUCUACCUUAAGUGUAAAUAAUCAAGGCUCCCCGAUCGAUCAUCGUACUCAGAAAUAAAUGUAAUGUUGAUGUAUUUUA